AUGAAGGUCACUAUCAAGAAGUGGAACACGGUCGCGACCUGGCGAUGGGAUAUCCCAGAGGACGACGUCUGUGGCAUCUGCCAGGUCCACUUCGACGGCACGUGUCCGACGUGCAAAUACCCUGGCGACGAUUGCAGCCUGUUAUCGGGGAAAUGCGGCCACAGCUUCCAUAUGCAUUGCAUUCUCGAAUGGAUUAAGCAGGACUCAUCCAAAGGCCAAUGUCCAAUGUGCCGUCAAAAGUUUGAAUGGAACGAGCAAGCAAAUGAAGCGGCAUCACAAGUCGAGUAA